CACGAAAUUGUGGUAUCAUACCACGAUCCAGCCUCGACGAAUAGCCCUGAGGAUGUUGCGUAUGCCGAGUUCUGAUGUGUUCUUACUCAAAUCUCACCGCACUCGCAGUGUUGGUCGUGGAAUUCUCUCUCCUAUUGCGCUCACCAUGUGGUAGUCUGAUGGGAGGCGCCUCCUGUUGUAUAAGACGUUGAACAUACCCAGCUACAAGACAUCGCCUAUCGAACGACUAAGAGACUAGCCCUUCACGCACUGCCCUUGCAAACUCAUUCAUGUUAUCUAGCGAUUUCAACAUCAACUCCACCUGGCGCCUGGUGUACCCAACUGUCACAAUGGUCGCCGACACGAACAGCAGUUUGGCGACUGAGCGUUCUGGAGGUCGUUUUGAGAAGCUGGAGACCAUCUUCGCAGGUGUCUCAGUGCUGACCAGGUGUGUUGCCCUAGUAGUCGGCCUGUUCCAACUGUCGAAGCAUCGGAAAGCCAGUUGGUUGUCAAUCUAGAACGACGUUUACAAACUGGAAGCUGGGUUGCCAGAGGCAUGGUCUUGCAAUGCCGAGAAUCGCCUGGGAGUUUGAGGAUGUUGAAAGCGUGAG